AGCGAGACUUUGAGGUCCUGUGCGAUGCAGCCAGGUACCCAGGGUACGAAGAGUGAUGGCUUGUGCGCAUGCGUACUUUACUUAUACUGGGGGCAGUUUCUGGUAAUAAGUUACACUAUAAAAGUUUGGUGAUCCUGGCAUAAAAAUAUCGAAAUUAUGCUAAAUGCUCAAAUGGAAAGAUGACCGUUACGUGCAGAGCGCUGAGUGCACAACUUGACGAACUGCACAGGCACCGGCCCCUUUAAGGCGUGAACCCAAUCGUGAGGCUCGGGGGUGGGGCUUCGUCUUCCAUGGCUCCUUCUUGUUGCUGCAGAGGGAAUCUGUGUGUGCAGCGCGUUAUCGAGGCUCUCUAGUCGGAUCGCCCAGGAUGUGGGGCGCAAGAUCUCAUUCUGCUCAGAGCCGUGCUGAUGGAAAUACAUUUGGGGGAAACGAUCUGUAUAGAACUCGUUCGUUAUUGUUUCCUGCAUGUGGCCUUUAAAGGUGAUUAUGGCUUGAUCAGUGUGUGAAACGCUGCACGGCAGUUUAUUCGCCCCCGCUUUUAGGGCGCUCGGGAGCGGGCUUCUUUUCAUUCUGCCUGGAUCGCGAAAAAUGCUUGAAACAUUGUCAAGAUGGCAGCUGUACACGGAGACUAUGUUACUAUUAUAAUGGUCUGUUUCGGGUCUCUGUGAUGUUACUUGUAAACUGUGGCAGCUAAUGAGAACGAUAUCCGUGUGUAAUUCGCUACAUCAGGAGCUUGCUUUGAUCUCGUUCCUGCCUUGUGUGACUGCAUUCAGCGAUUUUAACCUGGAUUUGUAACUGAAUUAAAUGCAAGUUGCACAACAGGACACGUGGAGAUUAGUUGCAAAGCUGAAGGGACGUGUGUGUGUGUGUGUAUAGCCACUGGUGCAAAACUAAAAUAGAGUUAAUGCAACUUUACAUUCACGAUCUGUCCGGAGUUAGAAAAUGAGCUCGUCUUGCAUUAGUUCUGGUCUGCCACAAGAGCCGAAUGUUACAUUAGAACCGUCCUGCACUUAGAGAUCCGUCCAUUGAUGGAAUGCGGGACUCGGACCGCGGAGGAACUGUGUCGAAGACCGUAAGCGCACAAAGUGUUCAUCGGGGGAAACAUGGCACAGGCCAGUGGCGAGGAGAGGAAACCUCCCACAGGAAACGUUGACAUAGAUCCAGACUUCGAGCCUCAGAAAAGGCCGAGGUCCUGCACAUGGCCUCUGCCUCGACCGGAGUGCAACACCGGGAAGCCCGAACCGAGCGAGGCGGACAUUAUUCCCGAGGAGGAGGACGACGACAGCGGCCCUGAUCCCCGUGUGGACAGACCCGACACACACGCAGGAGAGCCAGCAAGCUACACACGAGCCAAACCGAGCCACAGCUAUGAUCCUCCAAUAGUAAAUACAAGUUGUAAUGACAAGGACGGUGACGGCUCUCGAUCUCCCGGCGGCUCCCAACCCCUGGCCCCUGCAGCGUCUGACUCGGGCUUUAACCCUCUCUCACUCCAGCAGCCCAGAAAAUCAUCCGCACGCAGAAAUGCAUGGGGAAAUUACUCCUAUGCUGAUUUAAUCACCCAGGCCAUCGAGAGCUCCCCUGAGAAGAGGCUGACUUUGGCUCAGAUCUAUGAUUGGAUGGUCAGAUCUGUGCCAUACUUCAAGGACAAAGGUGACAGCAACAGCUCUGCGGGCUGGAAGAACUCCAUUCGACACAAUCUGUCUCUCCACAGUCGGUUUGUCAGAGUGCAAAAUGAAGGAACAGGCAAGAGUUCAUGGUGGAUGGUCAACCCAGACGGUGGUAAAGGAGGCAAAGUACCCCGAAGACGUGCUGUCUCCAUGGACAAUAGCAAUAAGCUAAUUAAGAGUGCCCGUGGGCGUGCUGCUAAGAAGAAAGCUGCUCUCCAGGCUGCGCAGGAUGGAAGCUCGGAGAGCUCCUCCAGUCUUUCCAAAUGGACUGGGAGUCCCACAUCCCGCAGCAGCGACGAACUAGAUGCAUGGACAGACUUCCGCUCCCGCACUAAUUCCAAUGCCAGCACCAUAAGUGGGAGACUCUCUCCUAUCUUGGCCAACUUGGAAGUGGAUGAAGUUGCUGAUGAUGAUUCUCCGCUCUCUCCCAUGCUGUACUCUAGUCCCAGCAGCAUGUCUCCUUCCACUGGCCUGACUGAGCUGCCCCGCCUUGCCGAUCUUGCAGGUACUAUGAAUCUCAAUGAUGGCCUCUCAGACAACCUAAUGGAUGACUUGCUUGAUAACAUCAGUUUAACAGCUUCACAAUCUCCAGGCCAAGAUGACAAUAGUGCCAGUGAACAAGGAAGCCCAGUGUUUACCUUUAGCUGUUCUAGCAGCAGCCUUGGGGUUCCCAACACCAUGUUUAGUCCAUUGUCUGUAACCGGCCUCCGCCAGUCCCCCAUGCAAACGAUUCAGGAGAACAAGCAGGCCACCUUUACUUGUGGUUCCCAUUUUGGGAAGCAGAAUUUACAGGAUAUGCUCAGCUCUGAGCCUCAUAACCACAGUGAUGUCCUACUGACCCAGUCAGACCCAUUGAUGUCACAAGCCAGUGCCUCCAUCCCCUGUCAGAGCUCCCGUCGUAGUGGACAAGCUGGGCCUGGGGGGCAAGUGGGACUCAAGAAGGUCUCACUGUCUGGGUGGCGAGUGAAUGGGGUCUUGGGGUCAACAAGUGAGUCAGACUACCAAAGCCUGAUUAAACAGCAUCUUCAAGAGUCUCCGUCCAGGAGCACAUCUAUGCAGCUCAGCUCAUCUGAUUCCUUGUUGUCAGGUCUUAAUGGUACCUUGCCCUGUGUACAGUCAUCUCAGGAUCGAUUCAACACUGAUCUUGAUCUUGAUGAUUUCAGCAGUAACCUUGAUUGUGACAUGGACACCAUCAUGCGGAAUGAUCUGAUGGACGCAGAUGACUUGGAGUUCAGCUUUGAUUCUCAUCUCUUUUUCCAUCAAAAUGCGAAUCUUAAUUCAGGGAGUAUGUCAAAUACCAAACAAACCUCAUCCCAAAGCUGGGUACCAAGUUGAUCAGCUCAACACAUGGAAUGUAGUGAUCGGGCAGAGCAAAGCUUUAAAAACUGUCCCCAGCUUUUAAACGCUGUCCUGUACAAAGGACAUGUAUAUUAAUCUGAGAACUACAGAUUACAGUCAGCUGAACUACAUUUACGAUCACUUUUAAAUGACCUAAUUGUUUUGUCAGCAGUAGUGAAUUGUGAUGGACACAGGCCUAUAUAUGAUGAAUUUCAUGAAAUUGAUUUUGUAGUUUGAAAACAAGAAGUUUGAAGGUCUGAAAAAACUGACCUAAAGAAAACUAAUGAAUCUGUAACCGUUUUUAGGUUAAUAAAAAUGGCAUCCUUUAAUCAGUUUAAUGACAAGUAUUUCACUGAUAUGUUUAGAUUGUGUGUAACCUUAGUUUAGCAGGUGAUGUUUAUAUUGCUGGUUCUUACGUCGAUAGACAUACACAUUCUGCCAAAAUAAUCAUUUAAUAGACCAUUUGGGCUAUUUACACCAUAGACUAGAAACUGGUACUUUUUUGUCCUCAGAAGUGAUAUGGGAAUGUCUUGUGCAGCCUUUAUAAAUGUAAAUUAGAAAAAGGGAAGAAAAUAAAUUGUGAUGUAUCCAUUACUCCUUUCACAGAACAGUGAAAUAAGACCAGCUAAUGAGCUAUUAAAUGUGAUGUUUAAAAAUCUGUUCCUUCUCUGGUGCAAGGCAUUAAUGCUCUUUUAAACUGUCAAGGGGUGCAUUUUAUUGUACUUGAUCCUACCAACAGUUCUGUCACUUCCAUCCUCACUUCACCUAAAAGACUAAACAUCUUAAAGUAGAUUUCUGUGAUGUGUACACUAAAAUGUUUAGCAUAUUUAUUCUAGAGGUAAGAAUCUCUAAUACUUACAGAAUAUUAGAACAUGAAUUGCCACUACAUUUUGUGUAUAGCUGGAAAACCACCAUUUAUAAGCUUUUAGGACUACAAUGGCACACUUUUCGCCUUUGUACAUAUCUUCACACUCCGUGGUGCUCUGAAGAGCAUUGUUUUUUGCGCUUAUGGCAAUAUGCAGCAAGGAUCUUUAUUUUGCAUGCAGGAAGCUGACCCAUUUUAGUAUUAUAGCUGCAAUCAAUGUAAGUUAGUUUGCUUGAACAGACUGUAUUUUCUGUAGUUUGUCGAACAUGCAAAGCAAAUUAGCUGACAGUGAGCUUACUAUUUUGUAUGAUUAGGAGUAGUGCCAUUCAGAGACCCCUGUCACUUGGCAAACUUGCAAGUGUUGCUUUAGCAUGGUAGAAUUGAACUUUCUACCCAAAAUUUCAACAUCUCGAGCACCAAUGUGCAAUCAUUUUUUUGAGUAAUGUUAAGUUAGGGUGGUCUUCAUUGUUUACAUCAAUCCAUUGUGCUAAUAAACCCAAGAGUAUUGUACAUUGCUGUCCUAAUGUUGGGAUAUUUAUUUCUAAAUUUUUUAACUUGGAAAAUGUGUCCUGACUUCAUGGUAUCAUUAAGGCACCAAUAGGAAAUGCAUCAAAGUUUUAUGUAUCACAUGCCCUAUAUACCAUGACUGCUAUAUUAAACCUAUUUACCAACAGAUGAGUUGAGUGUUUGCUAGAAUAUACAUUGGAUAUUUUAAGUAGUAAAUUGGGAUGAGGUUGUGCAUGUAAAUAAAGCUUUGCACAGUA